UCCAUGAAAAAAAAAACUUAAUAUAUUUUCUUCAUACAAAACAAUUUUAUAUUUAUAGCACGGUCUUAUAUACGUAUAUAAGACCGUGAUUUAUAGCAUUACUAAAUAGUAAGUACUUAGUUUGUUCAUCAUUUGUUACCUGUCGGCUGUCAGUAAAUAGUGAAAAAGUUACAACUAUUUAAGCUUACACAAUUUCCAUCAAUACUUUUGUCACAGAAGAAGAUUCACUAAUAGAUAGUAAAGAAUGUCUGAACAAGUGAAAUACGAUAAAACUUGGAUUAUCAAUUGUUUUUCAAACAGCAAGCACACUACCUCUACACCAAUGAGAGUAGGUUUUCUUAACCACUCACUGAACAUCUUUGCAGACAAAGUAAAUGAAUUCAUAUACCUCACGCCUGAAACAUACGUCAUGCACUCGACACUUCAUUUGGGAAUUUUAUCAUUUGAUUCAUGUCACCACGGUAAAUGGGUUCUGAGCUUUAGCGAUGAACCAUCAGCAAUGGAUUGCAUCGAAACAUUGAGGAAAAAUGAUAUCAAAGUGACGGACAUCCAGAAAUUAAUAUCAGAAAGAGCUCACUUUGAAGAUGCUAUAAUCAAAACUGUUACUGAUGUAGGUUUUCCACAUUUUGUAGCUGAAGUGGAAAAUGCCAUAAAAACAAAAAUGUUUGAUCAUUAAAAUUAAUUUUAAUCAAAAAUAAGAGUAAUAAUUAUGAUUAUAAUAUUAAAAUUAAUAUUUGACAAGUCUAAAAUACUAAAAUGUAAAUAUUAUUUCAUGUGUUAAGUACCUAUAUAUUAAUAAAAAAUAAAAUCUGUUAAAAUCCACUAAAAUAGUAAAAUAUAAUAUUAAAAAUUAUAAUAAAUUACACAUUAUUUUUUUUAUUAA